UUCUUCCAAGUCAAUCUGAUUCUGAACCUUGCAAUCCAAGCGUUCUACUGGCGUAGACUGGGUUUAUUUGGUAUCGUCCAAGCUUUGUUUCUUCCAUUGUUUUUACGUUAUCAGAUCUUUGAGGAGAAUCCAAAGACUACUUUUUUGAUUUUUUCCGUUUCAGUUUAGAUUGGUGUGAAUACGUAUUAGUUUAGUGAUGUUUUCGUGUUUGCACUCAAGUGUAUGGGAUUUAGUCAAAACUUAUGUUUAUUCCUGAAAGAAAACUUGGUCUUUGGCUUAAAUGCUAUUCUUUCCACGAAAAAGACGGCUUUGGUGCUGUUACCGAAGCUUCUUGCUUCUCUUUGGUUUUCUCAUUCUUCUCUCGAGCUUCUCUGUUGCUUCGUAAGAUUAGGGUUGUGUAUUGGAAGUUGGAAACGUAAGAAACGACCAUUUCUAAAUCUAACCUGGCAUGAUUCGAGCAACUAUGAGGAAAAAUGCCAAUUCUCACUCAGUAAGGUUGUUCAGUGAUAGAAGAUGGAAAUUUCCAUUUUUCGCGAGCUUGCUCGUUUCCGUUAUUCUGUUUUUAGCUGCUGCGUUCGGGCUUUUCUCGUCUCCCUAUGCUGCCGAUCCACUCUCUUUUGACUUCAUUUCACUUGCACAAAUGGAGGAUUCCAGUGAGUAUUUUGUGGAAUCGGAUUUAAACAGCUCUUUGGACCCACCUGUUGAUUCGAGAGUGGAAGCACCAAGGAUAGCUUAUCUGAUUUCUGGGACAAAGGGUGAUGCUCAGAGGAUGAGGAGGACGUUGCUGGCCGUGUAUCAUCCCAGGAAUCAAUAUAUUUUGCACUUGGAUCUUGAGGCUCCUCCCCGUGAAAGGAUAGAUCUGGCAACUUCGAUUAAGAGUGACCCAAUGUUUCACCAGGUGGAGAAUGUCCGGGUAAUGGCUAAAUCCAAUUUGGUGACCUACAAAGGUCCUACAAUGAUCGCAUCUACCCUCCAAGCAGUAGCUAUUCUGUUGAAGGAAAGCGCAGACUGGGACUGGUUUAUAAACCUCAGUGCUUCGGAUUAUCCUCUGGUCACACAAGACGAUUUGCUUCAUGUUUUCUCUAAUUUGUCAAGGGAUCUCAACUUCAUAGAACAUACAGAGAUAGUUGGGUGGAAACUGAAGCACAGAGUAAAACCAAUAAUCAUUGAUCCGGGUCUUUACUUAUCAAAGAAGUUCGAUGUUUUUUGGACUAGCCAACGUCGGUCACUUCCAACAUCAUUUAAGUUAUUCACAGGUUCAGCAUGGGUUAUGCUUACACGUUCAUUUCUUGAAUUUUGCAUCUGGGGAUGGGACAACCUUCCCCGGACGGUCCUAAUGUAUUUCACGAAUUUUAUCUCCUCCCCUGAAAGCUACUUCCACACUGUAAUCUGCAACACUGAACAAUUUUGGAACACUGCUGUGAAUCAUGACCUUCACUACAUUGCUUGGGAUAAUCCUCCGAAGCAGCAUCCUCGCUACUUAACUGCGAAGGAUUUCAACAACAUGGUAAGAAGUGGGGCUGCAUUUGCUAGGAAAUUUGCGAAGGAUGACCCAGUCUUGGACAAGAUUGAUCAGGAACUUCUAGGUCGGCCUGAGGGUCAGUUUGCUCACGGCGCAUGGUGCAUUGGGAGCUCUGAUGGUGGGGCCAAUCCUUGCUUCCUGAGAGGCAAUGACUCAGUUUUUAGACCUGGUCCAGGUGCUGAGAGGUUGCAAGAGCUGUUGCAAGAGCUGUUGCAAAAGCUGUUGGCAGAUGAUCUUCACAAAAAAGGGUGUUCAUUGAGGGUAGAACAAACCAACCUAACUGUACAUUAAAGCAUAAAUAGAAUGUAAAUAAUUGAUGUAAAAUAUCAGAAUGGGACACCAAAGUUGUAAUCAUCAUCUGUUUA